AUGGGUGAGCACAUCUUCCCACAGAUAGAAAAAGGACAACACCAGAUCCCACAUUACCCAGAACAGCAGGGGACAGGAGGGAGUCUUGCAGAGUCUCACAAUUGCUUGUGCGGUUCCAUGAAGAGAACCGCUUUUAUCCUGGGCUCUGGGCUCCUCUUGUUUGUGGCCUUCUGGAAUUCGAUCCCAUGGCAUCGUCAGAGAUUUUGGGGUGCUUCUGGCUACUUUUGGCAAGCCCAAUGGGAGAGAAUACUAUCCACAUUUGAAGACAAAGAGCUGAUCCUUUUCAUUGCAGGGUCCGGCCUCAUACCUGCACUGAUCUUCUGGACCUUCAGUGGGAUCCUACUGGUGGUGGACACAACUGGAAAACUGAAUUUCAUCUCCCGCUACCGGAUUCAAGUUGGCAAGAAUGCACCUGUGGACCCUGUGAAACUACGUCAGUCUAUCUACACAGUUCUUUUCAAUCAAUAUGUGAUCACUUGCCCCAUGCUGGUCGCCCUCUAUUUCUUGCUCAAAUUGUGGGCAGACCCCUGCCACCGAGCGCUACCCACUUUCAACCGGUUCCUCCAGGAACUGGCAGUCUUCAUCAUAAUAGAGGAAGUUCUGUUCUAUUACUCACACCGGUGAGCACAGCUGGUACCUUUCCCUACCGACUGCUCACCAAUCCACAGGAAAUCUGUGGCCUCUGAACUGUACGCUCUACCACUGAGCCACCUUCCCAGCCCCUCAUUAUUCUUCUUGCAGGUUUCCAAUAUGCUGCCUGCCAUAAUGGGUCCCUUAGUCAUGGGCUCCCACCUGUCCUCCAUCACUGUGUGGUUUUCCUUGGCCAUAAUCAACACUAUCAUCUCCCAUUGUGGCUACCACCUGCCCUUCCUGCCUUCCCCUGAAUUCCACGACUACCACCAUCUCAAGUUCAAUCAGUGCUACGGAGUGUUGGGGGUACUAGAUCACUUGCAUGGGACGGACAAAAAGUUUAAGCAGACCAAAGCCUAUGAAAGACAUGUUUUCCUGCUGGGCUUCACACCCCUGUCUGAGAGCAUUCCCGACUCACCAAAAAAAGAUUGA